AUGAAUCCUCGGCGUGAAGGCAAACGAGCAAUCGAAGCUCAAAUGGCUCGAAUGUUAGAGACGGCGAUGCCCGCAAUCCAAGAAGAAAUCAACAACGAGGUGGAACGCUAUCAAGCUGCUAUCCAAGCGUGGAACGAGCAACACGACCGGGUACCGCGUACUCGGAUGUAUAUCCACCGAGACCGUGAACAAGCUGUUGUGGCUCGUGACGCGUACUUUAUGCAAACAUUCGAUGCUGUCGGGCGGCAAAGUAUAUCGACUUUACAGAAAUGCACAUCCGCCCUCCGCCAACUCGCUUACGGAACAACUGCAGAUAUGUUUGAUGAGUACCUCCAUGUGAGCGAGCAUACUGGACGCGCUUGCCUAGCCAAAUUCUGUCGGGCAGUGAUCGAAGCAUUCAAGGACACAUACUUGAGAAAGCCAACGUCCGACGAUGUUCGCAGAUUGGUGCGAAUGCACGAGGAGAGGCACGGCUUCCCGGGGAUGCUGGGCAGCAUCGACUGUAUGCACUGGCCGUGGAAGAAUUGUCCAAUGGGUUGGAGAGGAGCAUUCACUAGCGGGCACAAGGGCUCGCAUCCAACGAUUGUGUUGGAGGCCGUUGCCGACCAACGGUUGUGGAUCUGGCAUGCCUACUUUGUAGUCGUUGGGUCGAACAACGACCUCAAUGUGUUGAACGGGUCUCCAUUGUUCAACGGCUUGUGUGCCGGGCGAGCGCCUACCGUAGAGUUCACGGCCAACCACCGUCGGUACACUAUGGGGUACUAUCUGGCAGACGGGAAACUGUUGGGAAUGCUCUAA